AUGUUGUGUCAACUGGAGAGUGAGGCAGCCGCAGCAGCCAAAGCCAACGACCUGGCACUACUGGCCAAGGAACGCGAACGCCAGGCCCAGUUGGCCGCACAAGCAGCCGUUCAGGCUGAAUGGGACAAGCGCGAUCGUGAUUUAGCCUUCAGAAUCGCUGGCGGCGACUUCUCAGCCGUUGACGAAGGUAUUAACUCAACGACCACAGCCGCCUUAGGAGCCUCUAAUCGCAGUUCAAGCGGUCCCUCUGGCAAGUACGCCUAUCUCAAAAGCUGGCCAUACACUAAGCUCCGUGAGACCAUCAAUACAUCAUGUGGUGAGCUUAUUCUGAUUUAUCAUUAUCUCGUUGGAAUAUAUCUUGCCUCUUAA